AUGUCUUCCGGCCCGGCGGUGGCCAUAACCACGAUCUGCUUCACGGUUCUGGCAUUGAUUUGUGUGUUUGCCAGACUCGUUGCAAGAAUCGGAUUGUUGAAAAAUGGAGGAAGGGAUGAGAUUGCUAUUGUUGCUUCAGCGCUUUCAUCGGUUGGGCUGAUGGUAUCAACUCUUUACCAAGUGAAAUAUGGUCUCGGAAAACACCAAAACACUCUCUCAGCAGCUGACUUUGAGGAAAUCUUGAAGUGUCUCUGGGUUUCCAUUUUGUUCUACAACAUCUCACUCAUAUGCACCAAGGCCUCCAUUAUCCUCCAAUACUUGCGCGUGUUUGUUGGACCAAGGAUCCGUAUCGCUUGCUGGACUGCAUUGGCCAUUGUCGUUGCAUAUUUCAUUCAAGCGAUCAUAACCUCAAUCUGGACGUGCGUUCCUAUUUAUGCUUUCUGGGAUCUGAGCAUCACGGGUCAUUGCAUCGAUAGGAAAUUCCUCUGGUUCUUCAAUGCUGCGUUCAACAUCUUCACGGAUCUCUUGAUUAUCACGCUUCCCAUGCCUGUUUUGAAAAGUUUGAGACUUCCCAUCAGGCAAAAGAUAGGUUUGAUGAUGAUUUUUGCUCUGGGUGCAUUCGUAUGUCUCAUCAGCGUGUUAAGGCUACACUCUUUAUACGUAGUAUCAAUCUCUCAUGACAUAACUCGAGACAACGCAGACGCCUCGCUUUGGUCCAACAUCGAAGCAAAUGUCGGAAUAAUCUGCGCCUCCCUACCCACCAUCAAACCGCUCGUCUCCCGCCUUUUCCCACACCUCCUCUCCACAAACCGCAGCAACCAAGGAGCUUACCAAACGCAAAGCCACGCCUCUCGAGAUCUCUUCUCCACCAUCGCCAGCCGUCCACACCGCGAUCUCGAAGAUGGACACAGGACCAUCACGAAAGUCGAGGCGGGAGAAGAACUGGAUUCCGUGGGGAGGGAUAUCAAGCAUGAUUUGAACGGGAAGGAUAUCUUCGUUCUGACGUCCAUGACGCAGGAUGUGGUGUCUAGGAAGCCGAGUCCAAGUGUGCCGGAGGGAGAGGGGAGGAGCGAGACGGGGAGCGAGAAGGAUUUGAUUUUUCAGCGUAAUUGA